AGCGGUGUCUUACUUGUUAGAUUCUGACGUAUUAUGAGCGCUCUUCAGUUUGUCUUUGUGGUCGUGGUGGCGGCGUUUGCGGCAUUCCUUGGAUACCAGGUUCAACUGUCCACCACAAAGCCGGAUAUGACGUCAAGAGUUAUACGUGAGAUGUCUCCCGAACAGGAGUUGGUGAAACAUUCCGAAGAAUUUCAGAAAAAAGAAAUUCGAAAGGUUAUGGACAAUAUUUACAUGGGGAUAGGUUAUGCCUUAGGAAAUGCGAUAAUGGUGAUCGCCCCUGAUGGACUAAUUAUUGUUGAUGUCACUGAAAGUAGUCUAGCUGCAAAGGAGAUUUUGACAGAGUUUCGAAAAAUCACAAAGAAGCCCAUAAAAGCAAUCAUUUACACACAUCAUCAUACUGAUCAUAUUGGUGGUGUAGGGGGUUUUAUUGAGGAUCCCUCUAACUUACCAGACAUCUGGGCACACGAACAGUUACCACAGGAAAUUAGGAAGUUCCACACUACUGCUUACGGAGCAAAAUUCAAACGAUCCAUGCGUCAAUUUGGAACAUUUGUCACCAAAGAUAAAUUUCAGAAUGCUGGAAUUGGAAUCCAGUUGAAUUAUGGAAAAGAUAAGGAUUCAAUGGGAUUUAUUCAGCCGAACAAACUUUUGAAGGAUAUGGAAUUGGACACAAAUAUUGCAGGAUUAGAUAUCCGUCUUUUGAAAAUACCAGGAGAGACAAGUGAUCAAAUCGGUCUGUGGAUCCCAUCUUUUCAGGCCUUUAUGUGUGCGGAUGACGUGUACAGGGCAUUUCCGAACAUUUACACCAUACGAGGAGCUCCGGCUAGAGACCCAGUGGACUGGUAUACUUCAGUGCAAAGAAUGCUUGAUUUGGAACCGGAAUAUCUUGUUCCAAGCCAUACCCAACCCAUUAUAGGCAAGGAAAAUGUCCGAGGAGUUCUGGAGGUAUACAGAGAUGGCAUUCAAUUUGUCCACGAUCAAGCGCUUAGGUUCAUCAACAAAGGGUUGUCACCUGAUGACGUUGUCAAGCACGUGAUCAUGCCUGACAAGCUUCGUCUGCAUCCCCACUUGAGAGAAUUUUACGGUACGGUACCUUGGUCAGUUAAAGGGGUGUUUCAACUUUAUCUCGGUUGGUUUAGUGGUGAUCCAGUGGAUCUCUUUCCAUUGUCCAAUACUGACAAAGCAAGCCGUGUUGUGGCGCUUGCAGGCGGUGUGUCUGAGGUCCUGACCUCCGCCAUUAAAGCAUGGAACGAUAACGAUAUACAAUGGGCCUUGGAGCUUGCCUCCUACAUCCUAGUUGUGGAUGAUCGAAAUGUGGAAGCAAGAAAAAUCAAAGUGGAUUGUCUCACCCUUCUUGGCAUUAGAAAUAUUAAUGCCAUUGCCAGUAACUAUUACUUGACGAGUGCUCUUGAAACCUCAGGGAGUGUUCAUUUACGACUGGAGGGCAAACAUCGCCAGGAGAUCAUUACAGCACUUGGUCCCAGAGAACUUUUCGAACUUGUAUCCUCUAUGUACAAAUACGAUGAAUGCGGUGGUCGUUCAGAUAUUGUGGUAUUUGUAAUCAAGGAUUUAAACGAACAAUAUACAAUACAGCUUCGUAACUAUGUUGCUAUUGUCAGAAGUGACAUUACACCCAAGAAAUACGAUAUAAAAGUUACUGCUUCACAGAAAGCCUUGAAGAAAAUGAUGAUAGAACAAAUUGCAAAUGUACAGUUGAAAGACUUGGGUGAUUUCAGUCUUGACGGCGAUGAGGAAAAGUUUAGAAGUUUCAUGGCCUGUUUUGAAUCUGAUUGGAAUGAGUGAAUCAUGAUUAAACAUGUAAUUACAAAAAUGAUUCUUUUUCU